GGGCGCGCGCCGCCUGGCCCGGCGGAAAGUUUUCCUGGAGAAGUUUUGGCGGCGGCGGCGGUGACCGGAGCGGGCCAUGGACGCGCUCAAGUCGGCGGGGCGCGCGCUGAUCCGGAGCCCCAGUCUGGCCAAGCAGAGCUGGGUGGGCGGCCGGCACCGCAAGUUGCCAGAGAACUGGACGGACACUCGGGAGACACUGCUGGAGGGCAUGGUUUUCAGCCUCAAGUACCUUGGCAUGACGCUGGUGGAGCGGCCCAAGGGCGAGGAGCUGUCUGCAGCUGCUGUCAAGAGGAUCGUGGCCACAGCCAAGGCCAGCGGGAAGAAACUGCAGAAGGUAACUCUCAAGGUGUCGCCCCGGGGGAUCAUCCUGACAGACAGCCUCACCAGCCAGCUCAUUGAGAACGUGUCCAUUUACAGGAUCUCCUACUGCACCGCAGACAAGAUGCACGACAAGGUGUUCGCAUACAUCGCCCAGAGCCAGCACAGCGAGAGCCUGGAGUGCCACGCCUUCCUCUGCACCAAGCGGAAAAUGGCACAAGCCGUCACCCUCACUGUAGCCCAGGCCUUCAAAGUUGCCUUUGAGUUUUGGCAGGUGUCCAAGGAAGAGAAAGAGAAGAGGGAAAAAGCCAACCAAGAAGGAGGAGACGUCUCAGGGACCCGAUGUGACAGCGCCCCCUCAUUGAAAAGCUUGGUUGUCACGGGGAACCUGCUGGAUUUGGAAGAGGUGGCUAAGGCCCCAUUAUCCACGGUUACCACUAAUACCAACAACUUGGACGAGACAGCACGGCCUCAAGUCUUGGGCAGCAACAGUGUCGUCUGGGAGCUGGAUGAUGGCCUGGAUGAAGCAUUUUCAAGGCUGGCACAGUCACGGACGAACCCUCAGGUCCUGGACACUGGACUGUCAGCACAGGACAUCCACUACGCACAGUGCUUAUCGCCCACCGACUGGGACAAGCCCGACAGCAGUGGCAUCGAUCAAGAUGACCUCUUCAACUUCUGAGGGCCUAGGACUGGCAGGACACAGCUGGCCUUAACAUGUGAUGGACCAGAAGCCACCUGCAGCAGGGCAGCCGUCAGCCACUCUGCAGAGCUUGCAGAGGAGAGCUGCAGUCAGGCAGGGAGAGAGGGCGAAAAGAGCCUGGAAUUCCCAGGUUUGCAUCAGGCACUCGUGGUCUGUGCAGGCCAGGGCCUGGCUUCCUGGCCUAUGACCAAAGCAUUCCAUGAUCCUUUUCUCGGGGGCACUUACUCCUCAGGCAGUGGGAGCGUACUGUUCCUUGUGCACUGGAGGGGACAUGGCCUUCAGGGAAGCUUCUUCGGGGCUAUGAGGGGCAACCCCUGACCAAAGACACAUAGCUCUGCACUUUAACUCUCGCAGGUGGACAUGGUUUGAGGUCCUCGAUGGUGCUGUGGGAGAAGCGCUCGCCUCCUGCCUCCCUCCACAAGAGGGCACAGUCCCUAAGGUGGUCUGCAUAGUGCUAGGACCUAGUGUACCGGCUGCCCAGACUCCCAGAGUCUCAUGGCAACCUGGGGAACAUCUCUGCGUGGCUCUCAGGCCAACAGGCGAAGCUGGGCCUGCUCUUCUGUUUUGUCUGUGUGUCCUGUGUGUGUCCCCAUCUUCUGCCUCCUCAUAACUGUGGGAUGAUACCAAAGCCUAACACUAGGUUGUGGCAGAAUAUUUCUCAUCCAUUUUACAGAUAAGGAAACUGAGGCAACACAUGUGGUGGGGUUGGAGUUGAGAAUAGAACCCAGAUCUGAUACCAAAGCUUCUGUCUGUGCUGCCAGCCUCUCACAGCCCACGCCUCCUUUCUCUCUAGUUUUGUUGUCCUCCCAGGAACCAAAAAGCCCCAGCUAUUUUCUGACCAAAAUGUGUUUCAUAACAAACCAUCUGGUGCCUUUCCACACAGCACUGGCGCAGGCCUCCUUGCCCUGCUAGCUGCCACGCUGCUGACUUCCGGGAAGAUGUGUUUUGAAGUGUGUCAAUUCCAUGGGUUAAAUGGAAUCCUCCAGAAGCAUCUCGUUGUCCUUUCCUGAUGCUGCAGUCCCAGUGGUCUCUGCACCCCAGCUGGUGGUCGAGCAGUCCAGUGGUGAGCUGUCCUUAGUCUCACUGCUCCCAUGGCUCUGGCAUCCUGAACCUCAGCCAAGCCACAAGCAUCUUUGCAUGGCUAGGAGCCCCCAGUUGGCUGGGCUUGUGAGAGCAGGAGAAACACACCAACCAGCAUGACUUACUGAGUGGCUGAGUCAGACCCUUGCCUUGGGGAAGGGACUUGGGGAACCCUCCUUAGAAUCAGGGCAGCUCCCUUUCCCCAGCCAGCUCCAGGGUCCUGAGCAUGAGGGGCUGCCAUGGUGUGGGUGGUGCUGUGGUCUUGAAAAGCUGUCCACUGCUGCAAGGCUGCCUCUGAGGAAGAAACAGUUAAUGUUCCCUUUUUUAAAAAAGUAUAAGCACCACUCGGUAUUGCUGGUGACAAGGGGCAGUGUCGUAGCUCCUGCCCUUUGGUGAUAUGAGAGGCAGUUGUCGAGAGCCUGGGGGAGGCCACAGCCCUUGCAGCACCAGAGUGGAGGGUGAUGGCAGGAUCCCCGUUGAUGAGCCAGCGGGGCUCCUUUCUUUGUGGCUGUCACCGUGUGACAGGGUACUGAUGAGUGACAAGGUCUAUGUGUUGACACUGACAGUGUUUCUAGCCAUGUGUCCUGGCCAGACUCUGAGCCCCUGAGACAUGAGUGUGUGAGGUGUGGGUGUGCCCAUGUGCACCCUUCCUGGGACAGUAUCGUUCCCACAACUCCCAUGACUCAGACUUGCAGACUUAUCUGUUACUCCUGUUCAGGUCCUGAGCUCGGUGCCUUGGAUGAGCCUGACACAUGUGGAUUCAGCCUGUGUGGUUUUGUGUGAUGGGGACAGAGGUGGAGGAUAGGAGUUCAGUGAUUUUAGAAACCCAAAGUCCAGCUAUGGCCCUGCGUUAGUUACUUGCUUGCUUGAGCCUUGGUUUUCCUGUUUGUAAGCAGGGUACAGCAAUCUCCCAUGUCUGUGUCCCAGGAUUUUGAGACUGUUGUCCACUAUGACGUUAUUGGUAGCUCAUGCCUCCGGUAGCUCACAGGUUAUCUCUGAGCAAGAGGUCAUUUGGAUCGAAUGUGUAAAGUCCCAGUGGACUCGGACAGAGUACUUCCUGUGUGCUGGCUGUCAUGACAGAAGUCAUGGAGAGCCCAGAUGUCUUCAAUUCCUACUGCUGAGGGCUCCGAGCUUAGCUAGAAAGGUGGGCACCUGGUGAGGCCACAGCCCCUUCGCAUAUCCCUGACCCUCAUCCUGUCAUGUAUUUCCCAAGAGCUGGCUAUGAUCCAAGUGCUCAACACUCCUGCCCAGUUUCAGUGACCAUUCCAGCAAGGCUGCAUUCCUCAAGUUCCUUGGCCUUGUGUCUGGGGACUCCCCAGCCACUGCUCCUUCCUGUAGCUUGUGGGGGUCUCGGGCAUUUAUGCAAUAGUCCUAUUUCGUGUCCAGAGGCAGCCUUCUGAUGCCAGCCGACGUGCAGACUCCCUGCGAGGCCCAAGUGGAUCAGAGCAGACUAAAGAAUUCUUUUUUCUUUGCCCCAUAAUUUGAAAAGACACUCAACAAGCUCAUCUUUCGGUUUAAAUUUGGCCAACGCCUUUAGUCUCCGGAUGUCUCAAAUUACAGAUCCCGAGCCCAGCUGCCUGCUCUUUCAUGCGUAACAGAUAAAGUGGAAGAACAAAGCCACCUUUCAGAUUUGACAUGACCUUCAGCUCCUCUGGGUAGACGUUGGGUUGGCUCUCCAGGAGAAGCCAUCACAGUUAAACCUCACGAGGGCUUUUCAGCGUCUGUGCCCGGGACACAGGCUUGAGCCUGGCCUUGCUCCAUCUUCCCCUGUGCAGCGGUCAGGGUCCUUGUGCCUGACCUCAGCAUUAUCAGUCUGCCUUGGCACAGUAGGAGGGGGGUAGGUGGUCUUAGAAGUAAAAAAAAAAAAAAAAAAACAACGGAAACUUUCGUUUAUUCUUUGACAGUUCACAUUCAGGAAGAGGCUAAGUCAGGGAUUUGAACCCCAGGCUGUCUGAACCCAACACUUGUGCUGUAGCACCAGCAGUGGCCCUGACCGCACGGGCAGUAUUGGCAGGUGCCAGCCACAUAGAUCUAUCGGCUGGAGUCUCUUGACUUUCUAGCUGGCUGGCCCUCAUGCUGCUGCUCUGGACAUGCCCAACUCGGGAUUCUGCAGAAACAUUUGCCCAUCACAUAGGCCCCAUCUUUUCCCGGGUGACAUUGUCCACUCACUUACCACAGGAGGGACACUGAGUCCGAGAGGGCUGGCAGGAAGGAACCCUUGACAGUGUUCGUGGUUUGAGCCGCUGUAGUGACUGUAAGUGGUGCCUAUGAGAGAUGCACUGAGGCCCAUAGAGAUUCUACAGGCCUGAGACCCAGAUCCUCUGUUCACUGUCCUGGAGUAACCCCAUAUCUGCAGGUCACUGGAACACUCUGAGCACAUGGCCUUGCUUGCUGGGAGCUCCUGAGGCCAGCUCAGAAGAACAGCCUUGACCAAAUGCCAGCAUAGCAUUGCUGGGGCAGCUGGGAGCUCCCAGCCAAGACAGGUGUGGGCUGGGACACAAGGUCAUGCUGCUGGGCAACCGUGUCUGCACGUGUCUGCUGGUCACCAGCUUGGCCUUGUCUCUGGGUGACGAGAGGCCUCUGCUCUUGAUCCUUCAUAGUCCAAGGGCUAUGGCUCCCAGCAGUCCCGGGUCAUGCAGGCUGGCCUACACGAGUGAGACAUUGGGGAAUUGAGGGGUGUUGCAGGGAAUGCCAGAUGGGCUGCUGAGUGAAGGGAGUGGUCCUGCUGGACCUCACAAGGAAUAGGAAGGUUGGGAUACCUUCGAUGGCUUGGUAGCUUUGAUGUUCAGGCCCGUCUGAGUCACUCUAUGGCCAGGUGCCCAGGCACUACCUGGCUCCAUGUGGCUAUGGCUGAACCAUGGCAGAAGGGGGUAGACCCAGUCUAAGUUUCUGAGAAACUGGGCAGCCCCAGGUCAGUGGCAGCCUAGCGGUUUGUUGGUCACCAAGGUUCUGGUCCCACGGACGCCCCUGCAGGCCCUGGUUGAGGGUGCCCUUUGUCUUCAUUGCUCCCAGCCAGCAGCCCUGCAACCCUCCCUGGGCCACGUUGCUGAAACUGGGGUCUAACGCUAUAUCCUGACCAAAGAUCUUGCUUUCCAAAGUGUUUUCAAAUAAAGGUUCUAGAAUCUGAGUGUGUGGUAUGUAUGCAGACACAAGUGUGUCGCAAUGCAUGGGUAGGGGUCAGGGAACAACUUUGUAGUAUGGUCUCUGUCUGCCUUUGUGUAGGGU